AUGGGGUUACGGAUUUUAACCGAAAAACCCCGAUUUAUAAAUAAUUUAUAUAAAGCACCUACCGCUACGCAAGUAUGUUGUAAAGGGUGUGAUCAUCGACAGGUGGCUCUGGUUGAAUCUGCCAAUCUGCAGCCUAUAGUCGAUAUGGAAGUAAAG